GAGCAUUUCGUUUUACGUGUGAGAUUGGGAGACUCAUCAUUGAUCAUUCUUUGAAGGAAUAUCCAGAUGAAAAGAGAAAGAAAGGAGCGAGUACGACGCACAGAUCCAUCCCAAUGAUGGCUUUUUCGAAGGACAAUCUGAUUGGGUUUCUUCUGGCUCUCUCGUCGAGUGGGUUCAUUGGAGCGAGCUUCAUUAUCAAGAAGAAAGGCCUGAGAAGAGCUGCGGCCGCUUCCGGUGUCAGAGCCGGCGUUGGCGGAUAUUCGUAUCUUGCUGAGCCUCUCUGGUGGUUGGGGAUGAUCACAAUGAUCAUUGGAGAGAUUGCAAACUUUGUGGCAUAUGCUUUUGCUCCUGCAGUACUAGUUACCCCUCUUGGCGCAUUAAGCAUUAUUGUCAGCGCUGUAUUGGCACACUUUAUCUUGAAGGAGAGGUUACACCAGCUAGGAAUUUUGGGUUGUGUGAUGUGCAUAGCGGGUUCUGUCCUAAUUGUUAUCCAUGCACCACAAGAGCGUCCUAUCACUUCUGUUCAGGAAAUAUGGACUAUGGCAACUCAGCCAGCCUUUUUGCUAUAUGUGGGAUCCGUAAUUGUGUUGGUAUUCAUCCUGAUCUUCUAUUUUGCACCUCAAUGUGGGCAUUCAAAUGCUCUAGUUUUCAUCGGAAUUUGUUCACUGAUGGGUUCUCUCUCGGUGAUGAGUGUUAAGGCCCUUGGAACUUCACUGAAAUUGACUUUUGAAGGAAAGAACCAGUUGAUCUAUCCAGAGACAUGGUGUUUUAUGUUUGUUGUCACCACAUGUGUUGUCACACAGAUGAAUUAUCUCAACAAGGCUCUUGACACCUUCAACACUGCAAUCGUUUCCCCCUUGUAUUAUGUCAUGUUCACCACGCUUACAAUAGUUGCCAGUGUUAUAAUGUUCAAGGAUUGGGAUGGCCAAAGCGGAGGAAGCAUCAUAUCAGGAAUAUGUGGCUUUGUUGUUGUGCUUUCAGGGACCAUUUUGUUGCAUGCAACCAAAGACUUCGAGAGAAGUUCAUCCUUUAGAGGUGGCUAUGCACCCAUGUCGCCUUCAUUUUCAGCUCGACUGUGCACUGGUAAUGGGGAAUUGCUGAAGCAUGAAGAGGAAGACAAGUCAUGUUCAGAGGAAGCAUUCAUAAUAAGACAAGAACUCUACCCAUAGUUGGCUGCACUAUGAGACACAAAAUUGAACCCAUUUUUUUUUCCAUAUUGGGGGCAAGGUGAAGUUCCAGUUCAAAGAACUUCUAGAGGGGGAUGCUAAUCGGAUGACUUGACUUCAAAUUGCAGCUUCAGGUCAACUCUAUGCCGUGAUCAUGAAUUAUCAAGCCCUUGCUUCCAUAGGUUAUUUGGUAACUAACAUCAUCAGGAUUCACCUUUAGAUUGUCAUUGUUGAGUAUUCUGGGUUGUUGUAACCCUUGCGUCCAUAGGUUAUUUGGUAACUAACAUCAUCAGGAUUCACCUAGUUGUCAUUGUUGAGCAUUCUAGCUUCUUGUUGUUGAUGCUUUUCCUAUUUGAGGGAUACCAAGUUGUGCAGCUUGUCCAAGAUCAACCGUGUCAAAAUUGUAAAAACCUUAGUGUUCGACGUCAGAAAAGGCCAGCUGCCUUCCGGGCUACCCAGCUGUGACCAUGCAAAGUUAGAAGAGACGAAAACCAGAUGGAAAACUGACUGAUUUUGGACCCAUCGCUCAACAAUCUACACUGAGAAAUUUGGUGUACUUCUAGCUGAGUUGGGAUCCUUUUCUGGUAGAAUGAGGAAAUGGAUCUUUGUAUAGUGUUUGACACCCCUCAAAACAACAUUUUCUUGGGUUGAUUUCUAUUGUUUCAAAUUCUUGUGAAACUGAGACUUGGGUUCCCAUUAUAUUUCAACAACUUUGUUAAACA